AUGAUGGAGCAGCUACCUCCUACCAUGACCAGAGGAUGGCUUGAAGACGUGCGAAAAGAAGAAGAGAAGGCUCGGGAGCAGACGGAUGCUGAUACUUCAAACACAGAUUUGACUGAUAUCACAUCCAUAGCCGAAUCUGACUCGAGCAUUCCGUCGCUCAGUUCAUCCUCUGAUGAAAUGAGCGAUGAGGAGGAUUAUUUGACUAAGUUAGUGAACAGGACGGAAGAAGACCAAAGUCUGUUGGUCUGA